AUGAAUCACGGGCGUGGAUCGAACCUCGUCCCCAUCCUUCCCGCAGGGGAAGGGGUCAGCUUCGCUGUGCAAGCCACGAGCGCAAGCCAAUUUACCCCCCCGAAACGCUCAGCAGUCCUGGUGGCAUGCCAAGGGUGCCGGCGCAAGCGGAUCAAGUGCGGAGGACAGAGGCCUUCUUGCAACCAAUGCGUCACCAGAGGGGAAGGAUGCGAAUACGUGGCCGAGGCCGGUGAGACCGUGACCCUCGCCCUCCGACGGAGGGUCACUGAGCUCGAGAGCGAAAACAACCAGUACAAGGAACUCUUCCAACUGCUCAGGGACAAGCCCGAGGAGGAGGCCUACGAGAUACUGCGCCGCAUCCGAGCAGCUCCAAGCCCGAGGGAUGCCUGGGGCCUUAUUAAGCAGGCGGAACUCCUACUACCUACAACCCCUGCUGUAUCCCCCGAGACAUCUGAAGCCCCCGAACAAAGGCGCAGUGAUGGCAGGCGAGGCGAGGACUGA